CUCUAUCCAGGGCCCCCCCUCUGCGCAGGGUGAGUGGGAUACCGGGCGGCGUGAGAGCGGCGGAGUCGGCGGGGGGGUUGGUUGUUUGCGAGCCGAUCGCCUCGUGCGUGUGGACGUCUCGCGCGCAAGCCGGCCGCUGUGAUUUCGCGAGCAGGGGGCACUCGGGCAUCUGCGAGGCAAUCGUGGGGAGCGAUGCCUUUGCCGCGCUAUCGAUGAGUGCGCAGUCGCAGGCGACUGAAGUUGCCCGGCCGUCGGAGCGACUCGGGUCGCGCAUCUAAUCGCGCAGGUGUGGUUCAGCCUCAGGGCUCCAGGUCCCUUCCGACCCACCCCUCUCCAUCUCCAUCGCUUCGGCUGCUCUAUCAACGCCCGUACAAUGGGGGGUCCUGAUGGGACCCCCAUCUUCCGAGCGCCCACGACGGCGGCCCCUGCAACCGAACCCCUGGGCCGCAUGACCCUGGCCUCCAGGCUGGCCUUCGCCGGCGGCCACUUCUUCAACGACGUGUGCGCCGCCACGUGGUUCACCUACGGCCUUGCGUUCCUGCACGGCGUGGCCGGCAUCGGCUCGCCCGGCGCGGGCCUCCUCGUGCUGCUGGGACAGGUGGCCGACGGCCUCGCCACGCCGCUCGUCGGCAUCGCCGCGGACCGCGCGCCUGCGAUCCCCGGCAUGGCUCGACGCAAGAGUUGGCACCUCCUGGGCACGGUGCUGCUGACGCUCACGUUCCCCUUCACGUUCGCGUCGUGCCUCGCGUGCGGGCUGGCCCCCCAGGAGGGGACGCUGCUGGGCUACUACGCCCCCUUCAUCGUGCUCAGCCAGGUGGCGUGGGCGGCCGUGCAGGUGUCUCACCUGGCGCUCAUCCCCGAGCUCGCGCACACGCAGAGCGAGAAGGUGGAGCUCACCGCGUACAGGCUCGAGACCUGCUCAGCCUCCGACAUCUGCGGGGAACGCGGCGGGCGCGUUCCGGCUGAUUCGGUGGCAGGGAGGGGAUGCGGCUGUCAAGGUGCUGGCACGGACAACCGCCAUGCAUAA